AUGGAUAUUAAGGAGCUAGUUCUAGAAGCUAGACGGGACUAUCGUGGAUCCUCUGGGGAGCUUCAACAAUAUCAUGAUGCUGACGAGGCAGAGAAUAGUUUCUCCAGAUCAGAACUCCUCAAGAAACACCUGCAGAGACCGACAGGGAAGAAAUCUCACUGCUGCUCUGAUUGUGGGAAAAUAUUAAACUCCUCAGUAAAACUUAAAAUACAUCAAAGAAUUCACACUGAAGAGAAACCUUUUGGCUGUACUCAAUGUGGGAAGAGUUUUGUUUGUUCUAGCGGUCUGAAGAGACACCAGAGAACACACACAGGAGAGAAACCGUAUAGCUGUACCCCAUGUGGGAAGAGUUUUACCCAGUUAAGAAGCCUGAUAUCACAUCAGAGAACACACACAGGAGAGAAACAAGAGAAACCAUAUAGCUGUACUCAAUGUGGGAAGGGUUUUGUUCGUUCUAGCCGUCUGAAGGCACACCAUAGAACACACACAGGAGAGAAACCGUAUAGCUGUACCCAAUGUGGGAAGCGUUUUACCCAGUCAAGAAGCCUGAUAUCACAUCAGAGAACACACACAGGAGAGAAACCUUUUAGCUGUAAUCAAUGUGGAAGGAGUUUUACCCUGUCAGCUAGCCUGAUAUCACAUCAGAGAACACACACAGGAGAGAAACCUUUUAGCUGUACUCAAUGUGGGAAGAGUUUUGUUCGUUCUAGUGGUCUGAAGAGACACCAGAGAACACACACAGGAGAGAAACCAUAUAGCUGUACCCAAUGUGGGAAGAGUUUUACCCAGUCAAGAAGCCUGAUAUCACAUCAGAGAACACACACAGGAGAGAAACCUUUUAGCUGUACUCAAUGUGGGAAGAGUUUUUCUACUUCUAGCUAUCUCACUAUACACCAGAGAACACACACAGGAGAGAAACAAUAUAGUUGUAGUCAAUGUGGGACAAGAUUUGCUUGGCUAAACAGCCUAGUAUCACACCAGAGAACACACACAGGAGAGAAAUCUCCUAGCUGUGAUCAAUGUGGGAAGAGUUUUACUAGAGCUAGCUAUCUGACUAUACACCAGAGAACACACACGAGAUAAUCCUUGCUGUGCUCAAUGUGGGAUGAGUUUUGGUCAAUCUAGUGGUCUGACAGUGCACAAUAGAAUACACACAGGAGAGAAACCGUAUAGCUGUGAUCAAUGUGGGAAGAGUUUUAAUCAGUCAUUACAUGUAACAUUCUGACUCGACACCAGAUAAUACACACAGGAGAGAAACCCUAUAGCUGUACUCAAUGUGGGAUGAGUUUUACACAAGAGAACACACACAGGAGAGAAAUCUUAUAGCUGUGAUCAAUGUGGGAAGAGUUUUGGUCGAUCUGUGCAGCUGACUGUACACAAGAGAACACUCGUAGGAAUCUGAUACAUGAAGGAGUUUUUUCAUGAUAUCAAUGAAUUAAUGUCACAAUGUAGAAUGUUUUAACAUUGUAGAAGGAGUAUUUUAAUGAUGUCACAAUGUAGAACCCUAAACGUUUGUCCCCUGUUCUAUUGAUUUCAAC